GUGGAGAACUUACAGAGGAUCAGUUUUGUAUUUGAAGACUUAAUACGUUCUUAAAAUAUACAAUUAAUUAUUCAUAUUAACAGAUAAUAAUAAUAUAAGUGGAAGAUGUUGAGGAGUGUGGUGUGUAGAGCCGGUACUGCUACUGGCCAGCUGCUGAAGCACUCGCAGCGGACUGUCCCAGUGUGGUGGGGAACUCGGACCCAGCAGCGAUGGGCGUCCAGCCUUCCCAUGAACACAGUGAUCCUCUUCGUGCCACAGCAGGAAGCCUGGGUGGUGGAGAGGAUGGGACGCUUUCAUCGAAUCCUCGAGCCUGGUCUUAAUUUCUUAAUACCGAUCCUGGACAGGGUCCGGUACGUGCAGAGCCUCAAAGAGAUUGUGAUAGAUGUUCCUGAGCAGUCUGCUGUGUCUCUUGACAACGUGACUCUCCAGAUCGACGGAGUUUUGUACCUGCGGAUACUCGACCCCUUCAAGGCCAGCUACGGAGUCGAAGACCCGGAAUACGCCGUGACCCAGCUGGCACAGACCACCAUGAGAUCGGAGCUGGGGAAACUCAUCCUGGAUAAAGUGUUCAGGGAGAGGGAGUCUCUAAAUUCCAACAUCGUGCACUCCAUUAACCAAGCCUCCGACGAGUGGGGGAUCCGCUGCCUCCGAUACGAGAUCAAAGAUAUUCACGUCCCUCCACGUGUGAAAGAGUCCAUGCAGAUGCAGGUGGAGGCCGAGCGUAAAAAGAGAGCCACCAUCCUGGAGUCCGAGGGAACCAGGGAGUCGGCCAUCAACGUGGCCGAGGGGCGCAAACAGGCUCAGAUUCUGGCCUCCGAGGGAGAGAAAGCAGAGCAGAUCAACAAAGCCGCAGGUGAGGCCAAUGGUUUGCUGGCUAAAGCGGAGGCUAAAGCGAAAGCGGUCAAGCUGCUGUCUGAAGCUCUCACUCUGCAGAACGGAAAUGCAGCGGCGUCCCUCAGCGUGGCCGAACAGUACGUCUCAGCUUUCUCCAACCUGGCCAAAGAGGGGAACACCAUCAUCCUGCCAUCCAACACAGGAGACGUCUCCAGCAUGGUGACACAGGCUAUGGCGAUCUAUGGUACUUUAUCUAAGAAUCAGAUCUCCAGGCCGCUGAAGGCGUCUCCAGAAGCCGAGGUAGAGAUGAAAGCGGGGCAGGAACCUGCCACACAGGAAUUCACCUCCAGCCAAUAAAUGACAAACAGGACAGGAAGAGCGCCGAGCACCCUAUAGGAAACGAGAGACUUAACCAUCCCAGUGUGGGGGGUGGGACAGAUGAAGAACUGAAGGGUGAAGCGAUGAAAAUCAUUUACAUGACUGCAGAUGGGGGGGGGGUCUAAACUGGCCUGUGCUGUUUUUUUCUUCAAGUUUGCUCAGAUAAAGAAAAUUUUUUUGCUGGUUGAUGUUAAUAAAAUGUUAAUUAAAACAUU